AUGGGAUCAUCAAAGAAAAUGGAAUUUUUGGAAACUUGGAGUGAUGAAUAUGACUCCAAUGAUGAAGAUGAAGUAGCCAACCUAUGCCAUAUGGCCAUCGAAGGAGAUUCAAUGCCGCAAGCAUCAGAGAGUACCAAGUUGGACCUGCAAUUCCUUGGACUCUCGGGAUCUUUAUCACCAUACACUGGAAAUUUAAGGCAACCAGUUAACCGGAGAAAUACCAGCUUCGUUGAGCUUCUUGACAAAGCUGAAAUUCAUGGGUUUUGGCACAACAUUUUGAGAGGAAGUAUCCCACCUUCGUUGGGGAACUUGUCAUCCCUGGAGGUACUUGCUUUGAUGGUGAAUGGAUUAACUAGGACUAUGCCUGAAUCUUUGGGGCAGUUAGCAAAUCUAUCAGGUUUCUCCAUAGCCGGAAAUGCAAUAUCUGAUGUUGUUCCUGUUGCAAUGUUCAAUCUCUCAAACAUCAGAGCCUUUGAUAUUGGUGCAAAUAAUAUUCAAGGUACCCUUCGUUAUGACUUAGCAAUCAAUAUGCCAUAUAUUGAGUUCUUUUCCAUAUCAAGAAAUCCAAUCUCCGGACAAAUCUCGGUUUCUAUAUCCAAUGCCUCAAAUCUCAAUAUACUUCAAUUUUAUGAGAAUAGGCUAAGCGGAAAUGUGCCUUCUUUACAAAAGCUAGAUGAACUGUCUAUACUUCUCCUAUACCAAAACCAUCUGGGGCAUGGGAUAGAAGUACAAAAUAUGAAAAAUCUAGCUGAAUUUCACGUUUCUCAAAAUAGGUUAUCUGGUUUGCUUCCGAACAACCUCGGUAGUUGUGCAAGUCUGGUGAAGUUUUUCUUGGAUGGCAAUUUGUUUGAAGGGUCCAUUCUAUCUUCUUUGAGUUCAUUAAGAGGUCUUGAGGCAUUGGAUGUAUUUAACAACCAUCUUUCAGGCGGGAUUCCAGAAUUUCUAGUGAGCUUUGGGGCAUUAAAGUAUCUAAAUCUCUCUUUCAAUGAUUUUGAGGGAGAGAUACCAACUGAAGGAGUAUUUAAGAAUGCAAGAAGUUUUGGUUCUGUAUAUAAAGGGAUUCUUGAAGACAAUGGAGAAGUUAUUACAUUAAAGGUGUUUCAUCUUUUGAAUCGUGGAGCUUCCAGGAGUUUCUUGACUGAACGCGAGACCUCGAAAAACAUUAGACACCGAAAUCUUGUCAAUAUAUUAACAUCCAUUUCAGGUGUUGACUACCAAGGUAAUGAUUUAAAAGCCUUGGUUUCUGAGUUCAUGGAAAAUGGAAGCUUGGAGGAUUGGUUGCAUCCAUUUGUUGGCAUGAAUGAACCACAGACAACGAGAAAUCUGAACUUCAUGCAAAGCGUUAAUGUGGCCAUAGAUGUUGCUUAUGCACUGAGUAUCUACACCAUCAUUUCUACACCAUCAUUGUGA